AUCGGCGAGUGGUACGCGCCGGGCCCGCACUUCUCUUUAGUGUUUGCCAUUGUGCGUCGCGUUCCGCGCUCAGUUCACGCAGCCUGACGCCGCUUUACUGGCGCUUCGCGACCACGACGAGUGCAGAGGAUGGCGCAGGUCUCAGUCACGGCCCCGGCUCUGUCUGUGGGUGCCCCCCUCCCCUCUGUGGCCGGUGACGCGUGCGGCCUGGAGCCCACAAGCCCACUGCUGGCCCCGCCGGCCGGUCAGUGCCCCGUCACAGCCACUACCAACGCCAUCGGCACCAUCAUUGACGGCAUGUCCUCUGUAUCUCUGGAGGAAAACAUGGCAAACCCCAAAGAGAAGACCCCAAUGUGUCUGGUGAAUGAGCUGGCCCGCUACAACAAGCUGCAGGCCCAGUACAAGCUGGUGCGGGAGGAGGGGCCCGCACAUGCCAAGUUGUUCACGGUCGAGCUGGCGCUGGGGGAGCAGACAUGGGAGGCCGAGGGCAGCAGCAUCAAGAAGGCGCAACACUCGGCUGCCACGCGUGCCCUCGCCGAGACGGCGCUGCCCCGGCCGCCCGCUCGCCCACCCAAGCACAACCUUGGCACCAACCCAGUUUUUAUGCUGCCCGCAGGGAGCAUCACACCCACCGUGGAGCUCAAUGGGAUGGCCAUGAAGCUGGGCCUGCCCGUGUUCUACCGGCACUUUGACCCGCCGCCCAUGCCCGGAUAUCGGCCAAACUACAACUACCGCGGCAUGCCGCACCAGAGGUACCACCACCCCCCGAUGCCGCGCGCCUUCCUGGUGGAGCUGCAGGUGGGCGAGCGCAAGUUCACGGGGGAGGGCCGUACGCGGCAAGCCGCGCGCCACAACGCUGCCAGCAACGCGCUCAAGGACCUUCAAAGCGACCCGCUGCCUCCCAAGCCUGCGCCCGACACACAGGAGAAUGGAAACGAGGAUGAGGAUGAGGAGAACGACCACGACGCCAACAAGUCGGAGAUCAGCCAGGUGUUCGAGAUCGCGCUCAAGAGGAACUUCCCCGUCAACUUCGAGGUGGUGCGGGAGAGCGGCCCCCCGCACAUGAAGAGCUUUGUGACGAGGCUCUCGGUGGGGCAGUUCUCCGCCGAGGAGGAAGGCAAGAGCAAGAAGCUGUCCAAGAAGAAGGCGGCCGCUAUCGUGCUGGCCGAGCUGUUCAAGCUACCACCCCUACCCGUCGUGGAAAAACCGCGGCCCACGCUCUUCAAGAAGAAACCCAAGUCGAUCGUGAAGGUGAGCCCAGAGUACAGCCAGGGCAUGAAUCCCAUCAGCCGGCUCGCACAGAUCCAGCAGGCGAAGAAGGAGCGUGAGCCCGACUACACAGUCGUCUCGGAGCGCAGCCUGGCACUGCGUCGACGCGAGUUCAUCAUGCAGGUGAAGGUGGGCGAUGACUGUGCGACGGGCACUGGUCCCAGCAAGAAGAUCGCCAAGCGCAACGCGGCGGAGACGCUGCUGCUGCAGCUGGGCUACAAGCCCUCGCUGCCGGCCGCCUCGCCCGAUGACAAGUGUCAGCCGCAAGAGGGUGAGAAGCCGGUGGAUACACGCAAAGUGACCUUCGCGGAACCAGCCAGCCCCAACCAAAAGGGUAUCCUGCACCUGUCAGCUGAUGUCUACCAGCAGAUGGAGGCAGCACGAAACCGGGCUGGCGGUCCCCCUCCCCAGCAGCAGCAGCAGCAUCCUGCUAUGGGCUACGGCAAGAAGGAGCCGUCGUGGGGGGGCCCAGGCCCCAUGCACCCCCACGGCCUAGGAAACGCCACUGCCACCAUUCCCAGGGAGCUGCUGAUGAAAGGCGGCUCACCCACGGCGGAGGCCAUGGUGAAGGUGCCGCCCGUCCACAUGGUCCACGCGUGCCAGCAACUCGACUACCUGGCUCGUGAGCAAGGCUUCCAGGUGCAGUACAUGGACAUGCAGCAUGGGAAGGAUGUGAUGAGCACCCUUACCAUCCUGCCCCUACAAAUAGCGUUCCAUGGCGUGGGCAGCACUGUGGAGGCGGCACGUGAUCAGGCUGCCCUCAACACAUUGAAGCAGUUAUCUGAACAGGGCCUGGAUGCUUUGGCCAGCAAAGGAAAACCAGACAAGUAUCUGCCUGGAUUCGAACCCAAGAACUCAUCGGUGACAGCUCAGCACUCUGAGCCACCCGGACACCUCGAUUUUCAGUAAGGGGUUGGCUGACAAGAUGGACCCCAAGGGGAUGGACUUAGGCGGGGGCCCCGUGAAGACCCCUCCUGGCCCGUCCCCCGAGCCCAUCGGCACAUAGACGGGCAACGCGCCAUGCCACGCACGCCCCACGCGCCCACGCUACUCAACUUGUUUCCCAGCUCCCCUUCCUCUUCCCAGCUCUCCCAGCUCCCCAUCUUCUCGCCCAGCUCUCCAUCCUUUCCCCCAGUUAUGCCUCCACCUCCAAGCUUCCAAUCAUCUUUCCCAGCUCCCCUACCUCUUCAUAGCUCUCCCAGCUCCCGAUCUUAUCUCCCAGCUCUCCAUCCCUUCCCCUAGCUCCCCAUCCUCUUCACAACUCCCAUUCUCUCCCAGCUCCCGAUCUUCUCUCCCAGCUCUCCAUCCCUUCCCCUAGCUCCCCAUCUUCCCAACUCCCAUUCUCUCCCAGCUCCCCAUCUUCUCUCCCAGCUCUCCAUCCAUUCCCCCAGCUCCCCAUCUUCUUCCCAACUCCCUUUCUCUCCCAGCUCCCCAUCUUCUCUCCCAGCUCUCCAUCCAUUCCCCCAGCUCCCCAUCCUCUUCCCAACUCCCAUUCUCUCCCAGCUCCCCAUCUUCUCUCCCAGCUCUCCAUCCAUUCCCCCACCUCCCCAUCCUCUUCCCAACUCCCAUUCUCUCCAAGCUCCCCAUCUUCUCUCCCAGCUCUCCAUCCAUUCCCCCAGCUGCCCAUCCUCUUCCCAACUCCCAUUCUCUCCCAGCUCCCCAUCUUUUCCCACAACUCCCCAUCUUCUCUGCCAGGUUCCCGUCUUUUUCUGUGUGCCGUGGGGGGGUGGGGCCCGUGUGGUAGUGCGUUGAUCCGCGCUGCCUGUGUAACCGCAUACAUUGCACCAUAACUCGGGCAGGCGAUUCACACGUUCAUUUUUAAAUCACGAUUAUUAUUUUUUUUACGAAAUCAGCAUUGAAUUUUUACGAGUGGCUGCCAUCCAUGGAAUUGGAUUUAUCACAGACGCACAACAUUUAUCUGGAUAUUUGUUUUAUUUUAAGUUAGUUGCAACAGAAAGUGCUUUCAGUGAUGUGUUAUUAAUUGGUGAUAUUUACAUUUUGGAGUGGGACUUCAGAGCCUCUGUGAAAUUACUGCGGCGCACUCCCACUAACAAUGUGUGAGCGUUCAGUUCAGCCCAGGAGAGGGGUGUUGGAUGAGACGCUGGUUAAGGACAUGGCCAAACCACGCACGUAGCUCGUCCGUCACCGCAUGGCCCAGCCAAAAGUGUUUUUUAAGCGACCCAUCGGCAAAUGAAAGCUGGUGGAGCGAGAAUUGAGUUGACGUACGCGGUGCUGAUGGAAAUUAAAUGACAUGCAGGUCAAGGGUAAUUUUUUCCUUUAUACAAGAAUCUUGUAGCGUUACAGCAGUGUGCCAGUCGUCGGUCGAAGUUGACUGACGGAUACAUUGGUAAAGAGUUGAAUUUACUGUGAACAAGAGUUUCAUGGUGAGUGCAGCACUCGGACAUGCUGCUACAACAAGCCGCCCAAUACAAGGCUCCCAUCCCCUGUGGGGUGGCCUUCAUUUGGCUUGAACAGUGCUCCCCAAUUGAGCUGAAUCGAAAUGACCCCACAGAUCCUGAGAGAGCAUUCGAUUUUGAAUACCAUGCUAACGUACACGGCAUCGAUAGCAAUUAACAGAUUAACUGCUCUCGACUGCAACUGAGUUUGUGGAUUACGCAGUUUAUCAUCCCACAUUUAAUGGUCAAUGGGUUGUGCUGCAUCGUAAUUUUAUUACAAUCAUUUUGUUAAUUCUUCAUGACAUGCCCGGCCCCAUGGUGCAAUGUGAUUCGGUGCAGUUUUCGUGUGUGUGUGUGUGUGCGCGUGACCCAUACGUGUGUCUGUGUGUGCGUGAGUAUGCGUACGUGUGUACGCCGAUUCCAGACGAACGUGCAGUACGUGAAGACAACCGAUGGUAAGGCUUUAGAUGAAAGCGAUCAUGUAACCAACGGAAUUAGAGAAGAGGAUUGCUUUUUGCGUUUCAAAGUGUAGCAGAGUAGAUCCAGUGGCUGGCAGUUCCUCGCAUCUCUACUGGAACCGAAGCCUCUGAAACAUUUGAUGUUUGCAUUUAAAAUGAAAUAUAUUCAAACGAUACUGAUAACAAACAGAUUCUUUCAAAAACCUUUGUUUAACCCGAGGACUCCCAGUUUGCUCCCACGCAUCGUUUUGUAGGUGAAUGUUGAAAUAAUUGGAAAUGGCAGCGAAAUGCGUGUGUUAUCGUUGAAACAGCGAGGGGGUAGUAUGGGUGUGGCUGUGCGUAGAAGAUCCUGCAGACUUUGCUUGGUAAACGGCGGUUGUCUUCAUGUAUAUUCACUUUAGCAGCACUACAUCACCUAUCAGUACAGUAAAAUCCAACUCGUUUAGUCUGCAAGAAUUUUGAACGGCAACGCGGCCUGAGUGGUUACCGUCGAAUUGUCAGGCGACGUAAUGGCGAUGGGAAUGCAGUGCUAAAGGAAACAUUCUAUCUCCUGUUAGUUUCACGCAAAGGUUGCAGACUAAGAGGUUUUGUUUUUAGUAGUUGCUGACUGAUAAGUGUUUAUCAAUUACUCUUAAGUUGUGAUCUUUUUUUUCAUUCCGUUCCCACCAUUUAGACCUGCCUGUUGCUCUGAACACAUUAUAAAUGGUGGAAACGACUGAUAUCUUUUGCGUUGUCUGCAUCGGCGGCUACGCGUCGUCGCUCUGGAGCGUGGGCGGCGGUGAGGGGUGGCGGGUGGUGGGUGAAGUCCCGAGUGGCUGCUCUGGCUUCAACCAACUCGAGCUCACCGAACCCUUAUCCCACCACACCCCACCUCUUCUCCAUGCUCGGUGACACUAGCCUGGUUUGGGUCCAGACCAGGUGGCCAGGAUUCAUGCAGCCUGCGUCGGGUCACUUACGUCAGGACCUAUGUUGCUACGUCAGGACCUGCCCAGCCUGUGUCAGGAGCCAUUCGGCCUAUGUUAGGUUGCGUAUAGACUGUUGGGUCCUCGGCAGACUACGUCACGAUCGGUGAAAACCUGUCGGCCCUGUGCUGCCGGUGUCGGGAUCUGUAUGUCCUUUGUCAGGACCCACACAGCCUAUGUCAGGACCCACGCAGCCUGUGUCACAACCUAUGUUGCUGCAUAAGACCUCUGCAGACUGUGCCAGGACCUGUACACCUGUGUCAGGUCCCACGCAGCCUGUGCCAGCAUUAACAAAAGAGUGGAGCACGCCCGCAGAACCAAUUCUGCGGGCGACGCUGCCUUCGUCGGUUUAGUUGGAGGCUUCCUGAUUUUGGGCCGUUUCCAAAUUUCCACGUUUUAAAAGUUAAGUCCGCAACGCUGUUAAGUACACGGCGUAAAUGCGUCCUUGGACGAGUCACUGAAGAUGAUGAUGAUGAUGAAAAGCCGUGGGGGGGUGGGGGGGGGGGUGGUGACUCGACCAAUGUUUCCACUGCUAUCCCCCGGCAUUGAGUUUUUGUUUUCUCUCGCGCCGAGGGUUGUGGUGGGUGCACGCAGGUGCAUUCCCGACAUCAACGCCGUAUCCCAGUGGUGGGUGCGGUUUGGGAUUAGGGUCCCGACUGGCCUGGGAACGAGCAGCCAAGCCAGCCAGGGACAAAUAAACCCCGCGUGUGCGGGACGCGACGACAGAGCCCCCACUUCGGGCUGCAACGAGACGGUCGCAGCAUUUCGAAAAUCGAUUCGGUACGGUGUCAUUUUUUUUUUGUUCCUCCACAUCAACGGUAUAGCGGCGCAGUUGAAGAAACACGAGUAACUGAGGGAAAAAAAAAACUAAAUUGGAGCUUGAGGAGUGAGAUGUGGCGGUUUUGUACUCCUGACGCCUCGACUCUGCACGCGGGUGCCCCUUUUUGUUAUUUUUUUCAUUCCCCCCGCCCUCUGUUGGUUUAACAAAGUGUAAGGAAGCAUGCACAUCCCAUAGUCACCAUAGUGUAUACCCCCCCCCCCCCCCUACCAGUGAGUGCCCGUGGAGUGUGUUUUCGUUGGUGUGGCUAAACCCAGAAACUUGCAGUAAAGACACCUUCAGUUUGUGUACCACCA